CCACUGAUAGGCUGUGUGGUCCUGGGUGAGUCCUUUUCUUUCUGGACUUGUCUUCAUCUGAAAAACGGGGGCAUGAUAAUCUAUGACCUUGUAGAGUUCUAUACUCCUUUGUCUGGAAUGGUUGAAGUGGUAGGAAGAAGAGAGAUGAUGCUCCUUCAGAGGUUCCCAGUAUGCUUUAAGGUAACAUGGUUCUCAGCUGGGACAUUAUUGCCACACUUGGGAGAGGCAGAGGAUUCUGCUAAAUACCCUAGAAUUCACAAGACUGCCUCCCUAACAAAUUAUCCUGCCCACAAUGUUAGUAAUACCAAUAAUGAGAAACCUUGUUAUAAGGAAAUUCAACUGCAUUUUUGCUCCUCCAUUUUAUAAUCACUUUUGUAAUUCCAGGUAACCUCAUAUUUAGUUCCUUUCCUGAUUGUCCUUCCUGUUGAAGAAAUAGGAGUUUAAUUGCUAAGCUGUGUUAAAGUUAUUGGCUUAUAUUCAGACAAACAGUGGUAAUUUAUUAACUAGUGUAUCAGUUACAGUUCAAUCAAAAAAGAACCACUAGGAGUGUAUAUACAUUAUCUAAUCUAACAUUUUUACAGGAAUCUUACUUAGGUAUGGCAGCUGGAUAAACAGUCAGCAUAAGAUGAUUGUUUUCAUGUCUGGUAGAAAAGCUUGAAAUUCAUAGGGCAGGCAGCCAGGAAGGGAAAAUAGAUGUAAAGUAAGAGAUAGCAUAGACAAGCUAGAACCCAUGAAAAUAGACCUCGACUCACCUUUAUCCUCACCACCUCUAAUUGUGAUGGAGUGGGUAUCCUGCAGGAGAAGCUGAUGCCCUAGUAAGUGUAAGAGGACCUAGGGAAAGGACUAGCAGUUACAGGCCCAGCUGCUAUCCCACACCAACAAAGUAGCCAAUGUAUUGGCAACCAUGUGUGUGACUACAGAAGUGCAUGCUCCAGCCUUGCAAGCUGAAAUACAAACUAGUUGCUAUUUCAUUUCUCCCUUCUAGGUUUUUCACAAAAAUAUCUCCUGUUGUUUACCAUAAGCAAAAAUACACAAGGAAGGGAAUCCUGGAGAAGAGAGUUCAGCCUAAGUCAUAUUGAUGUAGGAAAUGACAUAGGACUCCAAAUGAUAUAGGGGAAGUACUAUAACUCCCAACCUGCUAGAUGUUCAAUAUGUUGAGUUUGUGUUCCCCAAAAUCAAAGAAUGAAUUCUAAGGAACAACAGAGGUUAAGAGUUGGAAAUACUUAUUGAGGGGAAAGAUACAGCUCCUUAGAGGGAGGAAGGGACCCGAAAGUGGGUUGCUGAGGACCCCACUUCUCAGGGGAAGUUUUUUUGAUACCAGGGAUAGAACUCAGGACCUUGUGCUUUCGAAGUAGGCGGCAGCACCACUGAGCUAAAUCCCAGGCCUUCAGGAGAAGUUUUAUAGAGCACAACCAAGUGGGUACAACAUGAGUUACGGCUGUGAUCAGUAAGAUUAUAAAUAUAGUCACUUAGGUAACAUUGAGUCAAUGGGGAAGUAAGUCAUGUAGCAAGUGUACAUGGAAGGAACAAAGAACUUUUCAGGAAGAAAUGUCUGAGGGUCUUGGUCACACUGAGGUGACUGAUAUCUAUCUAGACUUCAUUAGACCAGUGUUACCACUUAUCUUAAGCCUGGUCAUUUUGUCUUUCUCUUGAGACCUGGCCUCCAACAGUUGUACCUCUGGCCAGGGUUGUAAUGUUUUUACCUUUGUCCUGACUCUCAAGCUCCUAUCUAAAUGCCUAUAAUGUUUCUGCCUAGCUUAGCUAUCUAUAAUAAUAUUACAAAUUACAAAGCUACAACUGAGUCUCUGUUUUUGAGAAUCCAUAAAGUGUAGGCCUUGAAUUCAUGUCUGUUCAACUGAAUGUGUGCUGCAUUAGUCAUGCUGAUCUAGGAAGUUGUGAGUUCCUUUUUUUUUGAGCAGGAAAAAUCAUUUGCAACAUUAGAAUGCCCUACCACACUGUUUUGGUGUAAGGAAAUGUUUCUUAGAUUUGAUAAAAACUUCCAUGCUUUUCACUUCAAGUGCUAGGCACAUGGCUUUUAAGGUUAUGCUAACCUGUGGCAUAGCAUGCUUACUCUGAGAGGUUUUAGAGAAGCCAUACAAAUGGUCCCAUAUUAUAUGAUUUCAUUAAUACGAAAUACUUGGAAUAGGUACAGUUCAUCCAUAGACAGCAGACUGGUGGUUCCAGGGAUUCUGGGUGGAAAAGUAUAGGAAGUUGUUGCUUAAUGUGAAUAGGGUUUCCUUGUUCUACAACUGGAGGUAGUUGCAGAGAAUUCUGAAUGUACUGCUAACUGGUUCAUUUUAAAAUGACUAAUUUUUUUUUGUUGUUUUUUUGAGACAGGGUCUCAUUAUGUAGUCCACAUUAGCCUUGAACUCAUUAAGGAGCCCAGGCUGGGCUCACAGCGAUCUUCCUGCCUCAGGCUUCCACGUGUUGGGAUUAUAGGCAUGUGCCACAAUGCUUGGCAUAAAAUGGCUAAUUUUAUGUUAGGUGAAUUUUGCCUCAGUAUUUUUUGUUUUUAAAUUUAACAAGAGGACUAGAGACUGGAGUAGUUUCAAAUUCUGAUCUUAAUUUCAUCAUUACUAUAAAAUUGAUCACUGAUUUCCUAAAUACAAAAACAGUUGGAAAUAUAACUCAAGUAAUCCUAAGAUAUGUAUGAUAUUUCAGUCUGCAAAAAAAAAAAAAAGAUUUUUAAACCCCUAGAAAUCCAGAAUCUUGUGUUUGGAAGAAGGUCCCAUACUGGUCUGCCAUAGUACUCCUACAAAUAGUGAAAGGAACUUGUAUCAUCAUGUUCAGGUCAGGAAAACCUUUUAAAUGAGUCUGGCCCCUUUAAAAAUCAGACUGAAGUGAUCUGGUAGCUAAGGAGUCAUAAUGACAACUUUCUUGGGUAAUUCUUAGAAAUGUAAUUUUUUGCCUGCCUGAAUCAGAAGUACUGAGGAGAAGCACUCCACCACUGACAGAGCUGGCAGACAGAGCUUCUGGGUAAUCUCAGUGUGGUUAGUGAGAGAUGUAUGUAGAUAGGUUUAUAUACCUCAAGGUUUAUUUUCAAAAAUCUAGAUGUCUCAGCCCUAGAUAUAAAGGACAGUGAUAUUUAGCUGGGGCUCUUUUCUACCCUGUGGGGAACCCAGAGUUUAGUGAAAAGGGAGAAUUUCUUUGAAAUGAGGUCCUAUGUAUUUCUGAAGCAUAGGCCAUGGAAGGGAGGUGAUCAAGAAUACCUCUGAAAUCCACUGCUAAUGGAAAUAUAUCUGCUGAAAAAAAUGCCUGCAGCCUGAAUUUGAAUGAGAGAGGCGCUGAAUUUCACCAUCACAAGUACUUGUGACCUCAGCAUACACAUCAUCAUACAUAAGCCCUCCUUCAUAAAACUUUAUCUGUCUAGGGUAGGGAGCCAAAUUGAUAGGGAUGUGUCACUGCAAGAUAUGAUGGCUUGGAAAUGGACAUAUUAGAAGACCUUAAGUCCCUGCAGUUUGAGUAUGGGAUUUCAGAGGAAGAUCGUUCCUGGCUCUAUUUGCGGGGCCGUUCUCGGGGACUAAUGAUUGAGGCCUGUGCCCAUGCAGUCUUCUUCUGCAAAGUAUUCCGUGAUUUGAGGAAUCAAGGUUCCAGAUCACUCUCAGUUGGAUCACUUGAUUUGGCCUCUACUGAUGAUGAGAAGUUAAAAGUGGGGAUCAUCGGAGGUGGCCAUCUUGGGAAGCAGCUGACUUGUGCACUUGUCCCCCUCCCUGCUGAGAGCCUGCGCAUCUCCACUUGGAGGCCAGAGACCUUGACUGAGUUCCAGAAAUUGGGGAUCCAGUGCUUCUACCAUAACUCUUAUCUGGUAGUUUGGGCCAACGUGAUAUUCCUCUGCUGCUUGCCAUCUCAGCUGCCUCCUAUCUGCUUAGAAAUUCAAUACAGCCUUAAGAAGACCUGCAUUGUGUACAGCUUUGUAGCUGCCAUCCCACUCCCCAGGUUGAAACUCCUACUGAACACCCCCAAUAUUUUGCGGCCUAAGUGUCAGUGUGCUGAGGAUUUUGACAAUAUCUGGGGGGCCAAUAAAGAAAUCACAGCUGCUCUCCAAGAUCCUGUGAUUCUUUGGGCUACCUGCCCUUACAGUCCUGCUGGGGGAAUAACCCUUAGUAUCAAAUGGUUGGAUGCACUCCUAAACAUCUGCACAGCAAGCAACAUGGCCCAUUCACAAGUGCUGCAACUUCUGAACAAAGUGUUUCUGUCUAUGCACUACAAAGACUGUAAAACAGAUGAAGCAUCUUGCCCUGAAUUUCAAUUAACAGAUUUUGUCAACACAGUCUAUGUGAAGAAUAUGUUUCAAAAAAGGCCUUUCCCAUGGUUUGAUCUGACUGAUGUGCAGCUCAAGGAAACUUCCUUUUGCCAGCUUCUCUCAAGCAGUACUGUUCUCCAAGACUACCUUACCCAUCUAUACUGUGACUCAUUUGGCAUCUCCCUAGUCAAAGAAGAUUAGCCAAUGAUCUCCAUGGAUGCUACAACCCAGUAAGAGCUCUCAGGGAUGAGGGGUUUCUUUUUCCCUCUCACAGAUUUGCUCUAUGUGGUUACAUCCCCAAUUAUCACAAUUGACAAGUAAUCAUGUGACUGUAUUGUGCUUGAAAAUUGUAUUGGUGGAUCUUUUACAUGUAGAAUAAACAAGAGGUCAAUAUA